AUGUCUGGUAGUAACUCUAUGUCAGUGAAUGGGACGCCAGUGGAAGCGGAAUUUAUAACUCCAUCACUGGAAAAGUUUUGUAAAUGGCUGGAACAAUUUGACAAUGUCAUUCUGGUGGCACACAAUGGUAGACGAUUUGAUUAUCCAGUUUUGAUGAAAGCAGUAGCUUCUUGUAAAAUUCUCGAGCGUUUUCUGAAAUGUGUGUCAGAAUUUGUUGAUUCUUUAACAGUCUUACGCAAACAUUUUCCUGGCAGGUCCUCGUACAAACAAGAAGAUCUUGUCCGUGAAAUUUUGAGAGAAAGCUAUGGAGCACAUAAUGCCACGGAGGAUGUUAAAGCAUUAGGAAAUCUUUUAAAACACAUAUCGGUAUCGCCUAAAACUAUGCUUUCAUUUAGUUAUCCUCCAAAAUCUGUACGUCAUUCACAGCUCUUCAAUUUGGAAAAAGCAAAAAACAUGCCAUCUCUACACGUACUUGUUGCAAACGGUGUUUGUAAAACUGCAACAGCAGAAAAUAUUGCUGGUUCAGGACUCAACCUAAGUCAUUUGAAAAUAAUUUUCAAGCGCGAGGGGGAAGAUGGGCUAAGGAACACAUUUGUUGUUAAAAAUAGUGAAGGACAGCCACGUGUUACCAACACAAAGAGGACAUUAGAGACAGUAAUUCCAAACCUUGUGGAGUAUUUAAAAAAAUGAUUUUAUCGUACUCCAUUGCUUAAUAUCCCAAGCAUCAAGUGAUCUUUGUUAUGAUUAAAUUAUAACCACAAAGGGCUGCUUAAUAUUUAUCAAUAUGUCGU